AUGGAGGUGCGGCAGGAGAUUGGGAGCAGGGAUGGACAUCAUGGGGAAGAGGAGGACAAGGAGGAAGAGAAGGGAAGAGAGGUGCCAAGACUAGGAUAUCAGCCAUAUGAUCGAGAUAAUAGAAUGAAGCAAGGAGAGCGCGUCUUCAACAAGGGCGAGAGCAGCGAUUCUUUCAUGAUCAUCGCAAGCGGAAGGGUUCGUUUGACUGGUUCCCCACUGGGGCAAGAGACACUCGAGGGAGCGAAUGCUCGGACAUGCGGGGCGGGAUCGUGCUUGAGCGAAGAGGUGCUCCUGGUGGGCAGAGGAGUGGAUGGUUGCCACAGGAGGAAGGAUACUGCAACAGUGCUGGACGACGAAGACUGCUACCUGGUGGAGUUUCCAGUCCGUGCAGUGCUGAGAUGGUUCGAGAAAGAGCCUCCCAUCCUCGACUAUGGCGUUCUAACAAUGUCGGGGCAACAGAUCCAAGAGCAUGAUCACAGGGACCGAGCCGCGCGUAAAAUCCAGUCAUACUACAGGGGCAUCAGAGCGAGGAAGGAGAAGGCUCAGAGUCUCCUUGCUCAGCUUCAGCUGGCUGCCAGGAGGUCUGUAGAUAGGUGGAAGAACCUGUCGCCCUAUGCUAAGGGUUACUUGUCUGUUGUAAGCGCCAUGUCACAGCAAGGGGGGGCCAUUGCUGUGUACGACAAGCGACUUGAGUCCUCGCACAAGAUCAUCGACACACCCGAAUCGUCAGAGUCUCAGGACCCUAGUCAGCAAGACCCAGGACAUGCGCAGGAAGAAGGCCAGGACGAGCCUGCGGCUAGCAUCUUCAUCCCCUUCAAGAGUCGCUCCUUUACCAUCCUCGCCAUCACGAUUGACAAGUGUGUCGACCUGCCAUAUCGGACAGGAGGGAGCAUAGGAGAAGAGGUGGACGCCUGCUGUACCAUCCGCUACGCCGAUGCGGCGCAGUACACAACCCAGACCGUCCCUCGUUCGGUGAACCCUCGCUUCAUGCGAACCUUCUUCUUUGCUAUCCAGGGAGGGGAGGAGGAGGAGCAUAACUUCGAGAUCGAGGUGUUCGACACCUUCAAGUCAUCGGGCUCGUGGACAGCAUGGUUCAGAUCACGGAGGAAGAUUGGAGCGACGAGCUGGGUCCACCGAGAAGACAUCUCUCGACGCUGGUUGAGCAUCAGCGGGCCGGCAGGAGGCAGCACGGCAUCCAAAGUCUUGGUACGCUCGCAGAUGUUCCAUGUGGAAGGGGACAGGACACCGCAGGCGGACUGGUCGAGGAGGGAGAGGAUUCGAUAUCAUGUGCUGGAGGAGAAGAAAGCUCUGCGCAGGAAGAAAGUCUCGAAGAUGAUGCAGAGAUGGAUGCUGAAUGUUGCCGACCCGCGUCCUACCACCACAUUCCUCGUCCGGCUGAUCGAGCGCUUCAGGGACCCGUGGAACCUCCUCCUCCUCCUCGCCUCCUCGUGCGCGAUUUUCACCUCCUCCUUGUCUGUCUGUUUCCUUGUGGAGCGAACUCCCCACGACUGGCUCUUGCUCCUCAGCACAGCACAGGAUCUUGUCCUCGUCCUCGACCUCUUCCUCAGAAGCGUCAGGUGCGAUUCAUGCUGCAAAACGGGGGUGCAGGAGGGGAGGACAAGCUUUCAGUGCUUGAGGCACUACCUGGGCCUUGAGAUGCUCCUGUCCCACUACCGGCGAUUCCUCAUCAGCUUCCAGGAGGACACAAGAGGCUGGACCCAACUCUCCUUCCCGUCCUGCCCGGGGUCAACAGCUGGAUGGUUCUGGAUGGACUCCCUCACGAGUCUCCCAGCUGAGCUUCUGCUAAAGGUCUACGAGAUGCCGACCGACCCCUACGAUCGCCUCCACUUCAGCCCCUACCGGCUCCGCAUCCGCCUCCUCCUCCGCAUCGUCCAGCUCCUGAAGCUCCUCCGCGUCUUCCGGGUGCGCGAGCUGCUCAACGACCUGCAGGACCGGAGCUCCGCCUGGCGGCCGGCCGUCUCAGCUGGGAAGCUGCUGCUGUUCUCCUGCAUGUGGCUGCACUCCCUGGCAUGCAUGUGGUUCUUUGCUGCCUCCCAGGCAGCCCGGGACCAGCUGGGGUCAAGCUCGUGCGACAUGUCAACGCUGGAGAGCCGGGAGCCCUCGGUGCGCUUCUUGUGCUUCCUGCACUUCACGCUGAGGAGCAUCGCUUUCUUGGGGUCCCCUGACCUCCCCGGGGAGCUCAGCUCCACCAUCGUCUUCUCCUUCCUCGGGAUGUCCAUCGGCCUCACCCUCCUCCCCCUGCUCGUCCUCCGCGUCUCCGCCCUCUUCUUGCGAGCCCACGACCUGCGGCAGAGCAGCUUCGUGCGGGACAGCCAUGAGAUGCUGCGGUACCUGCGUGACAGGAAGGUCCCUCCGCUCCUCCUGUCCGACAUCACCCGCAGCAUCAAGACGCACUGGGAGCACAGCAGGGCACAUGUCGAGCUCGCUCCUCUCCAGAGGCUUCCGCUGUGUCUCCAGGUCCGAGUCUGCAUGGCGGAGUUCCGCUCCCUCCUUGCUCAUGUUCCCUUCCUGCGGCCCAGACUCGACGACGAGAGGUUGUGGGAGAUGCUCCUGCAGGGGCUGAGGAAGGUCAACUUCUCUCGAGGAGAGUUUGUGCUGCGGGAAGGCGACGCGGUGGAAGGGAUGUUCAUCAUACAGGAGGGAGCAUGCGAGCUGCUGUCGGAGAGGGCCCGACGCUAUGCUGCCCCGCCGUCAUCGGGCGACGUCUCCUUUCUCGACCUUGGGUUCCCCUCCUCCUCCUCCUCUGUACUUUUUCCUCACCAUCCCCUGCAGCUUUCACCUCCAUCCGAGUGUCGUCGGGGAGGAGGGCGUGUGCGAUCUUGA